AUGUCAAUAAUAUCUGCUGAUUUCGAAAAUAAUAAGACUGCACUUCCUAACUCAAUAAUUACAUCUGAAAAUUUUGAGGACAUGGAUGUAGUUAUUAACACAGGAUUAGUUCCUUUGGAACUGUUCAAAGAAAAUGAUGCACUCAAUAGUAGUCCAAUUAUUAUUCAAGUUCCUUCAGAUAAUGACUUGUUUCAAAUUCCUACUGCAGAUCAAACACCAGAUAUGGAUUAUAUUUUACCAGACAUGGAUAAUUAUUUAUUACCAGCUAUGGAGUCGGUUUAA